UAAAUCUAGACUUUCUAGCAAGACCUGAAGAAGACCCUCAAUGACGAUCGUAGACAUGUUUAGAUCAUGUCUGUAAUGAACCGAAAUUGCUGGGUGGCAUAGUCAAUCAGUAUUGGAUGGGCGAGUUUGACGGGCUAGUUCCCAAAUGACGAGUUUCAACAACACCCCCUGAAGCGCGGCCCACCUUCCAUUCCACCUUGCGAACUGUGCUUCCUCUGCCAUCCGUUGCUUUGAUCAUCUGCGACGACGUUCAUUCCUUACCUCCCACUGCCUACUCACACUCCUUGAGUUGGCUUUGCACACUGUCCACUCGCACGGUCGCUGGCGUACCUGUCGAGCAGUCCUUCCUUUCAUCAUCGUUGCAAAUCCAACCUCCGCCGAGGGCUCACUCCUUUGCCCUACGUCGGACCUGCCUCCAAACCCUUCCCCGCCUCGUCUAGUGGCCCUUCCAUAAAGGCACGGCCGAAGUCGACCAUGGAGCAGCAAGUCGUGGAGCAUUCAUAUCCUGAAGAAGACCAGGAAACAUUAUUCGAUUCAAACACCGCCAUCGAACCUGAGAACAUCCCACUUCCAAGAAGCUCAAUGAUCAGUGUUCGACUGUCCGACGUUCAACUACAGCCAGAGACUGAGGAACUCGAUGCUUCCUCCCGCACCUCAGUGCGUCAGAGCACUUCUUCGUCUCCACGAUCUAGCGUAUCAUCUUCCCGAACGUCCGCCAGCUCUAUCUCUAUGAAUACAGUGGAUUGGGAAGGCCUUGAAAAGACGGAAGAACAAGAAGCCCGAGAUGAUGCCACUGACGAGUCCAACGCUCUUCUGUUGGCCCGACUAGAGAAGGAGAAUGCAGCCCUAGCAGUCGAUCCGAAAGCUGGCAUUGCGACCUCUGCCCGUCCUCGCAAGAACACACGUCCUCCUUCUGUACAACAAUUGAAACGAAUGGUCGAUGCACCCCAGCGCCAAACUCUACGAUACUCUAUGUUGCCGGCUCCUCCAAUGACCGAAUUGGAGUUCUGGGCAGCGUUGGUACAAGAUUACACGCAGACGGCUCAGCGCCUUCCUACACUCACCUCGAAUAAGAUCCGAGCAGGCGUUCCGCCACCACUGAGAGGUGUUGUGUGGCCCAGCAUUGCUCGUGCACACGAUGCUGUGCUGCAUUCCGAGUAUCAAAGGCUUUCCACCGAACCAAGCCCAUACGAUGCUUUGAUUGGAAAAGACGUAGGGAGAAGCUUUCCCAAUGUUGACAUGUUCCGAGAAAAGGACGGUGAAGGACAACGAAUGCUUGGGAAAGUGUUGAAAGCCUUCAGCCUUUACGAUGAACAGAUUGGAUACUGUCAAGGACUUGGCUUUGUUGUAGGACCACUUCUCAUGCACAUGAGCGAGUCCGAAGCAUUCUGCGUCCUAGUGAGACUGAUGGAGCAUUACGACCUGCGAUCGUGCUAUCUACCCGAUCUCUCAGGACUACAUCUACGCAUCUACCAGUUUCAACAGCUUCUGACACGCCAUCUACCCGAACUGGCUGCUCAUCUCGAAGCACUCAAAAUUGAGCCACUUUACGUCUCCCAGUGGUUUCUAUCCUUUUUCGCAGUCACAUGUCCUCUGCCUAUGUUGCUGCGCAUCUACGACGUCAUUUUGUCCGAGGGAGCAACGGAGACCUUGAUGCGUGUCGCUCUGUCUUUGAUGCAGCGCAACCAGAAGAAGCUCAUGGCAUUUAUUGAGUUCGAGGACGUCAUGCAAUUCCUCCUUUCAAGGAGCCUAUGGGAUACUUACGCUCAACAUGCGGACGACCUCGUUAUCGACUUUGUGUCUUUCACUGGAUUAGUGAGCCAGGAAUCUCUUCAGGCGUUGGAAACCGACUUCAAACUCUCACAGAACUUGAUGGCGGCUCCGUCACUUGCAAGUUCCGCAGCCUCUUUUCUCGGAAGAUUCUGGGCUGGCGCAACACAUGCCCCUUCUCGAUCCGCCAACUUGAGUCUGUUAAUUCCUGGGAGCUCUAUGCGAAAAUCGUCAUCCGGCCAGAGUCUCACAUCAACCGUCAAUUCGGUGGAGACAUCUGCCUCCGAGGCUAGUACAGCGCCAACUGACGUCUCCGACGACACAAGUUCGAAGUCUAGUGUGAUAAUGGUAGAUAUCACGUCCACGUCUACAUCGAAUACAAAUGACCGGGACCUGCACCACCAGAUUGAGGGGCUACUCACCGAAUUGUCAAAGGUGCAACGUCAACAUUCCGAGCUUGCUCUUGAGCUCCAAAGAGAGCGGGAGGAGCGCGAAGAAGAUCGCCAGAUCAGCCGGACUUUGCUCGAGCAUUUGCGUAUACAAACAGCUGAGAUCAGAGAACUGGCCGGCGAUGAAACUGCCGAGGAAGAUGCCGAGGUCGACGCGAUUCUGGAGCAGGCUGAUCAGCAAUUCUGUCAAAAGAGCUCUAAGCGGGUUUCUAUUGCUCAGUCCAAGCAUCAACUCCGCGAUGAUGUGUCGGAAUGGAAGGAGCGGCACGAGGCUGAAGUCACCAAAUGCCGUGAACUCACGAGACGUCUUGAUGAGCGUGAAGCUGAACACAACGCGCUCAAGGAACACUUGCGCGACGCUCGAGCCCGGAUACAGGAUGCGCAUCGGGAGAAACAGCGGCUGGAGCGAACAGUUUCGGACCUCCGGACUCGGAACAAUUCGGUCCCAGAAUCACCUGCAGACCUUUACACUCCAGUCACUGAAUUCCCGGAGGUUAAGAUGCCUCCUCCCCAGAGGACUGGGUCCGGACUUCGAGAGCUGAAGCUCGGGAAGUCAGAGCAGGCUCGCUCGUCAAGUGCUGGGCCAUAUUCAAAGCGAUCUAGCAGCCUCAACAGCCAAGCUCUUCUUGCGACCGACAACCACGAGCCGGUCGCUAAUGACGCGCUUCUGCUCGAGCUGGUCAAUGCAAAGACGGCUGAGGCCGUUGCAAGACAAGAAUUGGAGGAGACAAAGGGGAAGCUGGAUGCCCUUCGGAAGAUUUUGACGGGAUCGACAUCGUCGCCAUCAGCACGUGCAAGUGCGGGCGACUCACCUACAGCUUCCAAUGCUUCUGCGUCGAGUCCAGGCACCAAAGAGGCGCCGAAACCGACACACAUCGCAUCAGCAAGCACUGGUGGAUUCUUCAGCGGUUGGGGCAAACGAGGUUCGUGAGAACCUGGGAGUUUGAACCCCCACACAGCUUUUCAAUUCGUGAAUGUAUAUAGCCAUCUAUGACUCUCGUUUCUUGAUGACGGUUUCUUGUUCAGCGGGCAAUGCCCCUGGUAGCGAUAUUCAGCAUUUGAGAGGACUUAAUGUGUCUUGAGAUACAGUGCGAAUUCAGACUAUCUGGGAUCCGAAAGUUUCGUCAGGAAUUGGCCUGCAGCUCUCUCCUUUUCUCCGCAGCCUUGCCGCA